AUGUAUCAAGUAUCAAAUUUGAUAAAAUAUAAUAGAGUUGCUUAUAUUGGUGGAAUAUCAAGUAAUGCUGGCAGUUUGGUGAGAGGAAACUAUUAUUCUACAACAACAAACAAUACAUCGACAUCAAGUAUCAAUAAGAAAGCAAGACAAUCACAUCAUCAUCAUGUAAAUUCGAAAUCGAUAACCGACUAUUUGGGAAAAGCGUUGACCAGUAAUGAGAAGUUCAAUAUCAAACAGGUGAUGUUGUCAUCGUUGCACUCUGUCUACCAAGGCAGAGAGCAUCUCGAAAGAGGUAACUUUGCACAAGGCGAAAAGUUAAUAUUAAACGGUUUUAAAACAUUAAACAACGACGUAGAUUUUUCAUCAUCACUUUUUGCAGUUCCCACACACGCACUCGGAUUGGCAUCAAUUAGAAAAGGUGACUUUAAAAGUGGAACUACCCUUUUUAAUUUAGCUAUUGAUCGAUGUAAAAAUGUAGAAAAUAUUGUAUAUAAAAAUUAUAUUUUACCAGAGGCACUCAACGAUCUCGGUUUGUCUCUUGUUAGACAAAAGAAAUCUGAAGAUGCCUAUGAAGCACUUCAGAAUGCUGAGAAAUUGACUUCAAAUGAAGAUAUUACACAACUUAGUUCAUCGAUUUUAACGAAUUUCGGUGAAUACUAUAAGAAUAGAAAAGAAUAUGCACAGGCUAGCUUCUAUCAUGGCAAAGCUCAUUAUCAGCUCAUCAAUAAGCGAGAGGACAACAAUAUAGAUUUGGUUAGAUGUUUGGCAAAUAGAGCACAAGUACUGAGAUUGGAUGGCGAUAUUAAAUCUGGUAGAUUACUAUUGUCAGAGGCAAUCUCUGCACUUCGUAAGUUGGAGAACAAAGCUGAAAAGUACGGAAAGAAACCAAGACAUCUAGAUUGGGCAAAGAUCUUAGUUGAAUGUGGCCAUUUCCAUUAUGCAGAAAAUGCAUAUGAUAAAGCAAGAAACACAUUAAAGAAUGCUAAAGACAUUUUUGAUGUGAUGGAAAUAUCCAAUUCACCGGAUGCCGUUAUCAAUGCAUUGAAUUUGGCGAUCAUCGAGAAGAAGUUCCCAAUUGAAGCUUCAUCGGAAGAGUUUGUAAAGACACAAGUACAGGCAGUGGAACCACACUAUCAAAAGUUGACUGAGCAAUCAUUCUUUGUGGGUACAGGCACUAGCAACCUAAUUAAGAAUCUAUUGGAUAAGAAGCUCACUUCCAAGAGUCCAGAGGUUAUCAACAUGGGUUUGAUUUCUCCACUUCACUUCCCACUCUCCCGACUCUCUGGUUAA